UCAGUCCCGACUCAGUUCGACCUGAGUACGACCGCGGCCCCCGGGGCCCGCCCCCGACAACCACCCCAAACGGCAGCCCCAGCCACUGUGACCCCGAAUAUGGACGCCUCCCCACCGGCUUGCCCGAACGGCGCUCCGCUGGAGGCCUCCUGCUCGGACCCGCCGGCCUGCCCGAACGGCGCUCCGCUGAAGGCUUCCUUCUCUGAGCCACCGGCUUGCCCGAACGACGCUCCACUAAAUGCCACCUGCUCGGACCCGCCAGCUUGCCCGAACGGCGCUCCGCUGAAGGCCUCCUGCUCUGAGCCACCGGCUUGCCCGAACGGCGCUCCGCUGAAGGCCUCCUGCUCGGACCCGCCCGCUUGCCCGAACGGCGCUCCGCUGAAGGCCUCCUGCUCGGACCCGCCCGCUUGCCCGAACGGCGCUCCGCUGAAGGCCUCCUGCUCUGAGCCACCGGCCUGCCCGAACGGCGCUCCGCUGAAGGCCACCUGCUCGGACCCGCCCGCUUGCCCGAACGACGCUCCGCUGAAGGCCUCCUGCUCGGACCCGCCCGCUUGCCCGAACGGCGCUCCGCUGAAGGCCUCCUGCUCUGAGCCACCGGCCUGCCCGAACGGCGCUCCGCUGAAGGCCACCUGCUCGGACCCGCCCGCUUGCCCGAACGACGCUCCACUAAAUGCCGCCUGCUCGGACCCGCCCGCUUGCCCGAACGGCGCUCCGCUGAAGGCCUCCUGCUCUGAGCCACCGGCUUGCCCGAACGGCGCUCCACUGAAAGCCGCCUGCUCGGACCCGCCGGCUUGCUCGAUCGGCGCUCCGCUGAAAGCCGCCUGCUCGGACCCGCCGGCUUGCCCGAACGGCGCUCCGCUCAAAGGC